GUCAUGACGCAGGGGACGGAAGCGGCUCCGCUCUGAAGUUUAGGAAAAACCUCGGUCUCUGUUUUUGGUGGUUUCGUGUUUUGGUUCGUGUUUGCGGUUCGGAACCCGGGAGCAGACCCAGCAGGAGUUCGGGGAUCAGUUCCAGUGUCUUCAGUGCCUCGGUCGCCCGCCUCUCUCCGCUCCAGCAACCAUGGCUCACAUGGAUCACAUGAACCACAGCGCCAUGGCAACAGACCACGUCCAUCCCAGCAUCAGCACCACCACCGUACACGACCACAGCGGGGGCGACGGCGGCCACGCCGGCCACAGCAUGGCGAUGACCUUCUACUUCGGCUACCAGAACGUGGAGCUGCUGUUCGCCCAGCUGGUCAUCAACUCACCUGGAGAGAUGUUCGGGGCCUGCGUCGGAGUGUUCCUAUUGGCCGUUCUCUACGAGGGCCUGAAGAUCGGCAGGGAGAUCCUGCUGCGCCGCAGCCAGGUGAACGUCCGCUACAACUCCAUGCCUCUACCUGGAGCCGACGGCACCAUGCUGAUGGAGACGCACAAGACGGUGGGGCAGCGGAUGCUAAGCCACGCCCACUUCCUGCAGACGGUGCUGCACAUCGUCCAGGUGGUGGUGAGCUACGUCCUGAUGCUCGUCUUCAUGACCUACAACGCCUACCUGUGCAUCGCCGUGGCGGCCGGCGCCGGCAUGGGCUACUUCCUGUUCAGCUGGCAGAAGGCGGUGGUGGUGGACAUCACGGAGCACUGCCACUAGCUAGCUUCACCGUUACCGCAGUAACACCAUGGUGACAUCCCAUCAUACUGUAGGUUAGAGAUUAAGUCUUCUUAGCCAAUCAGAGCGCAAAUUACCUGAGGAUCACCUGAUGUUUGUUUUAGUGCCAUGGCAACCGUAGCUAGCAGGUGAUUAGCAGAGCCACCAACCAAUCACCAGACAGAUAGAUUAGCUCCACCCAGUCACAUUUAUUCUCUUUUUACUUCCUGUUUACAUUUUUCAGAUAAAUAUCAAGUAAAUUUUUACAGUGAAUCUUAUUUUAAAGAUAAUCUUUUGAUGAUUUUUCUGGCGACGCCAUCGGCCUUAAAGCCGCCGCCCACUGCCUUACCUGACGGCCUCCAUGCUGCCUGUCGCCAUGGAGACGGACAGGCCUCAGUGUUGUAGUUUUAGCCAAGUAAGGAUCAAUUAUUGAGCUGCUGUUUUUAUUACUGAGGUGGGCGGAGCUAAAUGUGGACCAAUGAGAUUGCAGGGAUGUUAGUGAGGCCUCAGUCCUGCUCAGGGAGCCUCUGAUUGGCUGCUUUACCUGAAGGAGGGGGGCAGGGGGGCAAAGAUGGAGGGAAAGCACAUUAAAACACUAAAUGUGAGGUCAAAGGUCAUGUUCACCUCUGUGUUUGAUGUUAUUGAUUAGUUUUCAUCGAUCAAAGUUUACUGAUCAGAAGUUGACCUGUUUGGCCUCAACAGCGCCCCCUACGCCAGUUGAUGAAGUGCAGAGGUUAAAGGUCGUCUGUGUGAUGUUCAAUGUUGUGAAGGAAACUUUUACUGUUUGAAUUUAAACGUCUGCGAAGCUGGAACCAAUAAACUCAAUAAAGAAA